AUGACUUCAACGCAGUUCGCCCUGACCUCCCCGCCAGCGGAUGCCAUCUCCUCCGUCAAGUUUUCUCCGUAUCCAAAUUCCACGCGUUUAGUAGUGUCGUCAUGGGAUAGAUAUGUAUAUGUAUACGAUCUGCGCGAUGAGAACGGAGCUGUGGGCGAAGGAAAACUAUUACACAAAUUCAAACACCGAGCACCUGUGCUAGAUGUUUGCUUUGGGGAGGACGAAAAUGUGCUAUAUACGGCAGGAUUGGAUUGGGAUGUCAGGAGAGGCGCCAACUGA